AUGACGUCACCUGAACCAUAUAGCAAUGAUACCCUGAAUAAUUCGCCAUUAGCUGCUGAUGGUAGCGAUUUUCCCUGCAAGCUUCGCCAGGACAGUUUUCGAGCUCCUUCACAUGAAAACGUCUAUCAUAUCGGAGAGAAUCAGGCCAUUCGCCUGCUAGGCAGUGCAACACAUGGUGGUGGGUCUUGUCAAAUCAGUCUCACAACUGAUCUCGAGCCAAGUAAAACUUCGAAGUGGAGUGUUAUCAAGUCAUUUGAAGGUGGCUGUCCCUCAGACAUAUCAUGGAACCUCAAUGGUUUGUCGACCACUGACCAUGAUCUUGAACUCCCUUUCAUUAUUCCUGAAGGUAUUCAGCCAGGAAAAUACACCUUGGCUUGGACUUGGUUCAAUAAAAUCGGAAACCGUGAAAUGUACAUGAACUGUGCCCCAAUCACAGUGGCCAAAACGCCACUAGAUCCACUCUCCAGAAAUAUGGUGGAUGCACCGGUUUUCCCACCAAUGUUUGUUGCAAACAUCAACGGCUGCAUGACAACGGAAGGUGUGGAUAUAAGUUUUCCUGAGCCGGGAGGUUUUGUGGAACCCAAGAGACAGGCAGGGAAACGCCCCGAAGAGGGCGAACCAGUAUGCAUUGGAUUCCCUCGCUUUGGUGGUUCCGCAGCUUCAGAAAGCGCCAGGCCGAUUGUGGCAACAGCUUAUAACUCUAAGACCACAAGUGUUUCAACUUCCAAAUGUUGCAAAUGUGGCUGCCAUAGCAUGUAUCCUACGGUCGCCGCCCAAAGCCGCAAAUCGAUCUCAUAG